AUGGCCGUGCCCAGUUCGGUGGCAUGGUCCGACAUGGCAGUCCCCUCGGACAUUUUGGAAACGGCUCAUAGUCUCCUGCAGUAUCUGAGGGUGAUUUCACCAAUUGCUCUCUUGUUGGCCUUUGUGGUCGCCUUCAUUAUUAGUUCAAUAUUAUCUGCCAGGCAGUUAACACCAACCACCACACCAGCAUGUGGUCCCGGAGGACGUCCGCUACCCAAGCGGACACGGAGUACGAUGGCUGUAAUGAGAAACAACCAGAACGUCUCUCCUCGAUUUCGAGUCGUCUUCCAAUGGCUCUCGACAGCUGUUUUGCUGACCUUUAUUGUUGAUGCUGCGGUUAACGUCACUCAUGCUAUACUUGACCGCUCCGAACACUGGUGGCGAGGCCAGGCAACGGUGAUCUACAUCGUUGGCUGUUUCUUUGUACAUGCCUUGGUUUUGAUCUCUCUAGUUGAUGCAAAGCCAUCACCCCAAGGGACCCAAUUCGCUACAUGGUUGUUGGCCAUUCCUCUCGAUGCCAUGAUAUGGGCAGCUUCUUUAAUCAUAUACACCAAUCCGCACCGCGAGCCAAUCGUAGGAGAUCCCCGAGGUGGUCCUUGGAGAAACGGCAUGACUGGAUGGGAAGGUAUUGAGGUCGCGUCGAAUGGAAUCCGCGUCGUCACGCUCUUGGCACUCGCUUUCCUCUACAUUAUGUCGACAAGUCAGAGCUCACAUGGUCGCAAGGCUGAUUCACGCUUGGCCGGCGAUGUUGCCGAGACCAGGGGUCUGCUGAGCGAGGGAGCUGCAGGUACUAACGGAUCUGCAUAUGGUGCGACACAUACCAAUGGGCAUGCAUCACCACCACAAAAGCCGGUCGAUCCGUGGGUGCGACCGUCAACCGUGCCCUCGACUAGCUGGUGGGAGUAUCUUAGUGGAUAUUCCCUUUUCUUCCCCUAUCUCUGGCCGUCCAAGUCUCGCAGACUCCAAUUUAUAGUUGUCAUCUGUUUUGGUCUUAUUUUGCUGCAACGAGUCGUCAAUGUGUUGGUACCUCGCCAAGUUGGCAUUAUCACGGAUAUUUUGGCAGCUGAGGAAGGUGAAGCAAUGUCAAUACCGUGGUUCCAGAUCUUUCUGUACAUCUUUUACCGCUGGUUGCAAGGCAACCAGGGCCUCAUCGGAUCUUUGCGGUCUAGUUUGUGGAUACCGGUUAGUCAGUAUUCCUAUAUGGAACUGUCGACAGCCGCAUUCGAGCACGUACAUAGCUUGAGCUUGGAUUUUCACUUGGGUAAAAAGACUGGAGAGGUCCUAUCGGCCUUGAGCAAGGGAAAUUCGAUCAAUACUUUUCUUGAACAGGUCACUUUCCAGGUUGUGCCUAUGUUAAUCGAUCUCGGUGUUGCAAUUGGCUAUUUCCUUGUGAUCUUCGAUCCGUACUACGCCCUAGUGGUGGCUAUCGUCACAUUUUGCUACCUUUAUGUGACUGUUCGCAUGGCUCAAUGGCGUGCUGAGAUUAGGCGCCAGAUGGUGAAUGCGUCUCGUCAGGAGGAUGCUGUUAAGAACGAUUCCAUGGUAUCUUAUGAGACAGUCAAAUAUUUCAAUGCGGAAUCCUAUGAAUUCGAGCGGUACCGAGGCGCUGUCCGCGAUUUCCAGAAGGCCGAGUACCACGUGCUCUUCUCGCUGACCUUGAUGAAUACCAGUCAAAACACCGUCUUCAUGCUGGGUCUGUUAGUGACGUGUUUCAUUGCGGCCUACCAGGUGUCUACAGGGGAACGCAAAGUUGGCGAUUUUGUGACUUUAUUGGUCUACAUGACUCAAUUACAAGGGCCUUUGAACUUCUUUGGGACUUUUUACAGAUCCAUUCAGUCGGCGUUGAUCAACUCAGAGCGCAUGUUGGAACUUUUUAGAGAACAGCCAACGGUCCGCGACGCUCCCAACGCGAAGCCACUGACUCAUUGCAAUGGCGAAAUAGUUUUUGACAACGUCCAUUUUGCGUACGACAACCGCAAGCCGGCCCUGAAUGGACUGACAUUUGAAUGUCGCCCAGGCACAACUACUGCUUUGGUUGGAGAAUCUGGCGGCGGUAAAUCCACAGUGUUCCGUCUGCUCUUCCGGUUUUACGAUGCUGAAAUGGGUACCAUUCGCGUGGACGGCCAAAAUGUUCGGGAUUUGACUAUCGACUCAUUGCGUCGCCACAUUGGUGUUGUACCCCAAGACACCGUCUUAUUCAAUGAGACCUUGAUGUACAAUUUGAAGUACGCAUGCCCGGACGCGACUGAUGAGCAGGUCUAUGAAGCCUGUCGCGCAGCUAGCAUCCACGAGAAGAUCCUUGGAUUCCCCGACGGGUACCAGACCAAGGUAGGAGAGCGCGGUCUCCGAUUAAGUGGUGGAGAGAAGCAGCGUGUGGCUAUUGCUCGUACAAUAUUGAAGAAUCCCCGCAUAAUCCUUCUGGAUGAAGCAACCGCUGCGCUUGAUACGGAAACCGAGGAGCAAAUUCAAGAUGCCUUGGCCACCUUAUCAAAAGGGCGUACUAUGCUUGUUAUAGCCCAUCGACUUAGCACCAUCACGGAUGCCGACCAGAUCUUGCUUCUGAACGAUGGACAAGUUACUGAACGUGGUACUCACGAUGAACUCCGAGAUUUGAAUGGCCGCUAUGCCAGCUUAUGGCGCAAACAGAUACGUGCGCAAAGGGCUGCAGAGCUCCGUGGUGCAAAGACGUCUGAUGAUAGCUCUAGUCAAUCAGAGGAGGAAAGAAGUGCUGAACCUGGCCGAGAGCCAUCUGCUCGACGUUCAAGUUGAGCCUCUGACGGCCACAAUCCUCAUCAUUGAUCUUAUACAAUAUGGCUGGUUGGCAAUUUUUCGCCGUCUUCAACUCAGCAUGGAUGCUUUUUUUCUUGCUUACUUUCCCACUUGUUCUUCCCUCUUAAUACCUUUGAUACCUUUUCUGCUAUGCUUUGUUCUUACGACCUCACCUUCGCAUAAUGAGCCGUAGUAUGGUCUUGACUACUUACAUGGAUUAUACCAAAUUUGACCAUAUGAUGCCUGACUUUCCGAGUGUAUACGUGUUUCUCAUACCCUGUUACCCAUGUUGAUCCCCUCGAACGUCCCUUGUCACGAAUUGCAUUAAUAGUUGGCGUGGUGUCUAUGACUAUCGCGUCAUAUCACUCUGGAAAAAGUAUAUUCUUGGGUUGUAAAUAGAUUUCAUAUCAUUUUGUCACUUGGUAUCAGCAAUGAAUACAGUGUCAACUCAAUAAUCGGAUUUUUUAUUGCUCGUCUCCUAGGAUUCGGUAUUAUCAAUUGCUAUAUUCCUUCCCCGAAUCGCUAGCGGUUCAAG